CGAUAAAAAUAGUCCCAGGGGGCGGGGCCGGGAGGACCGCCGGGGGGCGACGCAGCGGGAGCGGCCGGAGGCAGAGACCACAGCAGCAUGGAGACCCUGGGAGACACCAGCACCCCCACCCCAGACACCCUCACCCCAAAAACCCCCACCCUGGACACCCACUCCCACCCCUCUGUGGGGCCAGGGAAUGGGGCUGUGGGAGGCGAUGGGGGUGACAGCCAGGGGGAAAGGGAUGUGGGGGACACUGGGGGAGACCCGAGAAGGACAGGGGGCACGGAGGGGGAUGCCAAGGCAGAGGGGGCUGAGGGGGCUGGAAGCAAUGCAAGGGACACAGGGGGUAACACCAGGGGCACAGGGGAUGCAGUAGGUGACACCAAAGCAGGGACAGCUGAGGGUGCUGGGGGUGACACAGGAGACACAGGGGGUGACACCAGGGUCACAGAGAGUGGCACCAAGGGCACAGAAGAUGACACUGAGGAUAAAGGGGGUGACACCAGGGGCACAGAGGGUGGCACCAGGGGCACAGAGGAUAGCACAAGGGAUGCAGGGUGUGACACCAGGGGUGCAGGGAGAGACACCAAGGGCACAGGGGGUACAGGGGAGGCGAGGGAGAGUCCACAGGAGGUGGCUGUGCCCGCAGCGGUGGACAGCACCCGGGCCCAGCAGGAGCCCACCUGGCUGCAGGAUGAGGAUGAAGAGCUGUGGCCCGAGUUCCCCCCCUGCUCCCCUACAGGGGGGGCCGCUAGCCCCACCUCCCCUAUGUCCCCCACCUCCCCCAUGUCUGCCACGUGUCCUGUGUCCCCCACAUCACCCACAUCCCCGGUGUCCCCCGUGGCCCUGCCAGCCAGCACCACAGGUGGCUCGGGGGGCAGCGAGAGGGCUGCCCCCCUGGGGGAGGUGCAGGGCCGGGCACUCCCUGGGACUGUGGGGCUGAGGCCGAGGCAGGAUGGGGCUGGGGGGCGGCCGCGGGUGAGUCCUCGGGCACAGGGGCGCAGCGCCAUCCUGGAGAAGUUCGGAGGGGCAGCCAAGGGCCCGGCCCCACACCUGAAGCGUGCGGGGGGCACAGCCACAGUCAAGGCCAUGCUGCUGGAGUGGUGCCGGUCCAGGACCCGUGGGUACCAGAACGUGGAUGUACAGAACUUCUCGGGGAGCUGGGGCUCCGGCCUGGCCUUCUGUGCCCUCCUGCACAGCUUCUUCCCUGAUGCCUUCGACUUUGCCACCCUGGACCCUCUCGACCGCCAUCACAACUUCACCCUGGCCUUCACCAUUGCUGAGGAGCGGGCGGGCUGUCCCCCGCUGCUGGAGGUGGAGGACAUGGUACGGCUGCCGGUGCCGGACGCAAAGUGUGUCUACACGUACCUGCAGGAGCUGUACCGCUGCCUGGUGGGCAAGGGGCUGGUGCGGACCCGGCAGCGAUGAGGGGGGGUCCUGGGCCCCCCACCCCCUGCCUGCCCCCCCAGCAGCACAGGCUGCGGUGGCCCUGUCACUUAGG